GCUACUUCCGAAAGCUAGCUAGCUGGCUAGCGGCGGUUAGCCGACUUAGCUACCGUUAGCUCAGGAAAGCAGCGCUAACGUUAGCUCAUCCGCUCACAACAACAGGACGCCGAGGUGGAGGAUGGAAUCGGGCUGUGGAAACGAAGCGUUACCGCACACAGACACACAACAUGGAGUGUGUUGAUCCCACCUGUCAAAUCGGGCUCAGCGAUCCCUGCUUCUCUAGGCCACCGUCGUCUCUACAGCCGUCGCCGAUGUGGAGAUUCCAGUUAAAUGACUUGUGAGAUGAAAGACGGCCAUCCACCCUGCGGACAGACACCUGCCAUCAGCAGCCAACGCUCCUGCCCUUUAAAGCAGCUGCAGACGGCUACAAAUAAGAGGAGGAGUAGACUCACAGACGCCAAACUUUACGCGCCGGCUCUCCAAAUAUGACAACCCUGCAGAGAGAGGUCCAGGGCUCCGUCCCGACUGACGGGGACGGCUUCGACAUGUGGCACGACUACAUGAACCUGGGCCGGCUCCUGGAGAGGCUGUGCGUCCGGCCCGAGGCGCAGCGCGGAGAGGAGGCACAUCUGGAACCUCUGGCCCAGUGGAGCCCCUUCCGAGACCCGUCCGACCAGCGGGAGGAGGACACCAAGCUGUCCGCGGAGACGAGCUCAGUCAGCAGCCUGUCCGACACCAGCUGCACCAGCGUCCCCUCGGACCACUGUCGCUUCUGCAAGCAGAACGGGGAGUCUCCCCGGGUGUACGGGUCCCACCGGCUGAAGACCGACGGCGGCCGGGUCACCUGCCCCAUCCUCCGCAAAUACACCUGUCCCUGCUGCGAGGCCACCGGGGACAACGCGCACACACGCCGGUACUGCCCCAAGACCCAGCGGAGGGGAGGCUGGAAGAUGCCCCCCAUGUCCAGGUUCUGGUAGCUGGUUGGACAGUGAAGGACUGACGACACUGAAAGGACUGUAUAUAAUUACAUGUUUUUAUCCAUGUGCACAGACUUUUUCAUGUGCAGCCUAUGGAAAUGUGCAGUUUGGCUUGAGUCGUGUUAGAGACGACAGCUGCCAUGUUUUGAUUAUAUUUGGACUUCAAUUUAUGCGGGUUUUUGUGAUACAGUUAAUCUAUAAGUGACUUGAGUCCAAUUCUGCAUAUGAAACUUGAUUCCAGUGAAGAUGGAUUCAGGAAAUAUCAGUGUUGGGAUGUUAUACUGUUUCGAUGUACACAAGAGUUAAAUAUUGGGCUUUUUACUCAA